AUGUCGUACUCGGGCUUUUAUGAAGGAGAUGACCCAGCUGCCAUGUAUCAAAUGUUGCAGCAGCGCGGAAUGCGAGGCCCUCCCAAACGUUUCGAUGAAUACUACCGAUGCUAUCCAACUGUCAUGAUACCCGGUCCUGAACGAGAAAACCUUAAUUAUGGAGGGAAGAUUAUUAUGCCACCAUCUGCUCUGGAAAAGCUUACUCGAUUACACAUUACGUACCCUAUGCUUUUCGAGCUCAUCAACAGUCAACAUCCCGAUGGACAAAAGUUAACACACGCUGGUGUACUGGAAUUUAUUGCGGAUGAAGGAAAGGUUUAUCUUCCACACUGGAUGAUGCAAACCCUGGGAGUUGAAACUGGAGAUCUCAUCCAAAUCAAAUCGACCGAUCUUCCCCCUGCCUCCCUUAUCAAACUCCAACCUCAAUCCGUCAAUUUUCUCGACAUCUCCAACCCAAAGGCCGUACUCGAAAAGGCGUUUCGUGACUUUUCUACGGUUACUAAAGGAGAUAUCUUUAGCUUCCACUACAAUGAUACUAUCUACGAUGUUGCGGUGUUGGAGGUCAAACCGGUAACUGACAAAAUGGGGGUUAGCAUGCUCGAAACGGAUGUUGAGGUCGACUUCGCAGCUCCGUUAGGCUAUGUCGAGCCAACUCCUGUCAGAGGCAAUGGUAGCGGAACCAGCACACCGAGAAGUGCAAUCGGCGGCUUGCCUGCAGGUGGCAUGCUUCACAGUCAAGGAACUAUGGCACAGGCCAUCAACUACGACGCCAUUGCACCAACGUCUAAUUCUAUCGCACAAGGCGCAAAAGCGGCCUCAUCCAAUUUUGUAUCUGGAGGUCACAAACUGAGCGCUAAGAAGGGCACAAAGACCCCCACACCUACUGCGUCAACUCCUGUCGCUGGAGUUAGCACGAACACUCCUGCUGUCUCGGUUCGAAGAACGAAUGGUCCUCAACCUCUUCGAUUACCACCCAACAAACUUUUUUUCGGUUACGAAGUCAAGCCAGUCAAAACCCAAGCAGAUAAGGACAAAGAGAAUGCAGAUGCAAAGCAGCCCUAUUUCUCGGGGCAAGGACAAUCACUGAAGACCGGCAAGAAGGUGGAGGCCAAAAGCGAGCCAGCUCCAGAGCCUCAAGCCAAGGGCGACAGUAUAGGACGGAGGCUGGAUGGAAAAGAUGCCAAUAAGUAG